CUCUAUUUAAGUCUUCAUUCAUUUUCAUCAAAGCUUCCAAUCCUACUCUUUCUCUCUCUCUCUCUCUUUCAUUUUUUUUUUUUUUAAAAAGCCUUUUAAUUUUGUUAAAGAAGAAGAAUAACAAGAAAAGAAGAGAAAAAGAAAUAAAUGGUGCUUUGUGUAAGACAUGGAUGAAUAUUCUGUUAAAAGAGCUGCCAACGGGCUUGUUGCCCCGAGAAGAGGUUUAAGGGAAACGACUGACAACAAAGACAAAAAUGUUCAGUAUUGUCCUCGACUUGGAUGUAGUGGCCGAGGCAAUUAUAUGAAGAGUACCAGACUCGGAGGAAUGGAGAAACCUAGACCACUAAGGCCUACUUUCGGUUCUUCAAAUGGAAAGGAAGUAGUUGGUAGUUCAUCUUUGACAUCUUCUGGAAUGACUAGUGCGAGAAGGUCUUGUAAGGAAUUUCACAAAAAAUCCUCUUCUAACAUUGAAAAUAAGCUAUCAAAUAGCAGUUCCUUACAUGAAGAGCAAGAAGUUGGUUCCUCUAGUGGAACAUUGAACAGUAGACCUCGAAAAAUAUUUGGUCAUGCACCUGGUUCUUCCAAUCAAAAGAGUCCAAUGGAUUCCACUGUUUCUUCAUCGUCUAAAUCCAUUAGUGCUGGGACGAAAGGCGGUAGUAGUAGUGGGGAGGGAUAUAGGUUGAGAAAUCUGAAGUGCAAUUCCAUAUCGGAUGUCCUCCCGUAUAGUCGUUCGCCAUCAGAAUCAAGUACUAGUAGAAGGGAAACAGUAAAAAGGAGAAAUGCUGAGGGUGAAAGCAGUUCAUCUUCUAAAGGGAAGAAAAUGAGCGGGGCAUCACCAAAUGAAGGACGUGCUAUUCGUCCCGCUACUGGAAUCUCCAUCUCUGAUUCAAGGAAUAGUAGAAGCUCGGAUUUUAGUGAGGGUAAUCGUGCUGUAUCGGUUAGGACCCGCAGUUCAAUAAAUGUGAAUACUAGGUCUAAGUCUUCUGGCUUAAGCCAAAAUUUACCUGAGCCUGAAACUCCAACUCUGGAUAUGCCUAGUUCGUCCAGUCAUUUUUUCACAGAUUCCUCAUCAAGUGAUUAUAGUGCUUAUAGUUUACCUGGAAAUGAUGAUGAUGAUGACGAUGAUGAAGAUGAUGAUUUACCUGGUGUAGUACCCUUCAGUUCUGCAGAUAUCGACAUUAACCGAUUUAUGAAUCGUGAAGCAUUGCAGCGAUAUAACAUGGACGGAGUUGCUCAGGUAUUGCUGGCACUUGAGAGAAUUGAACAGGAUGAAGAGUUAUCUUAUGAGCGACUACUUGCAUUGGAGACCAAUUUGUUCCUCAGUGGCCUUAACUUCUAUGACCAGCAUAGAGACAUGAGACUAGAUAUCGAUGACAUGUCCUAUGAGGAAUUAUUAGCACUUGAGGAGAGGAUUGGCUCGGUUAGUACAGCUCUGCCUGAGGAAGCACUAUCAAAGUGCCUCAGGAGAAGCAUUUAUCAGGGUAUGGCUUCAGAAACAGAACCACUAGAAGCUGAUGGGGAUAGAGAUGAUGUCAAGUGCAGCAUUUGUCAGGAGGAGUACGCGAUCGGAGAUGAAAUAGGGAACUUGGGAUGCGAGCAUGGGUAUCAUAUGGAGUGCAUAAAACAGUGGUUUGAGCUCAAGAACUGGUGCCCUAUCUGUAAGGCUGCAGCAGAAUUAUCGAAAACGCCAUCUUAAUAGUUUCAGAAUCUUUAGAUACCUUAAGCCCAGAUGUGGGAAGCUGUAACAGUUUUCCUGUGUACAAAUUCAUCUGGGGUUGGUUUUUGUGGAUUCCUGCAAUUCAUUUUUCCUGUACUUAAUUGUUCUUGCCAUAUGAACCAAUAAACCCAGGCCCUUUGUUGGCUUUGUGGUGAAUGUUUUCAUAUUCAUUUCCUUCAA